AUGGCUGGAUUCCUCGAAGCCCAAUACGGAGUUUCGGCGGAGCGGCUGCAUCCCGUGGUGAUCGACGACAGUGACGAUUACCUCAGCCGAGAAGAGAGAACGGAGAACGAACUUUCCGAAAUUAUCGAUCUCACUUACGACGACAUCCCCGCGCCGAUUGUGGCAAGGCCAGCACAAAUUGUCCCGGCAAGAGAGCUUGAGAGCUACCGCUUGCCCAGCGGGCUGCUCAUCAAGCCUGAAAGAACGAUUGAGCUACGAACUGCACUUGGCCAGCACCAAAUCCAGUUUCUGAGAGUCAAGGCCAUCGUCACGCAGGGCUGGGACUCGGACAUAGUCAUUCGUGGCUUGGGUUUCACGCGAACCCGGCAGCUGGAUGGAAUGCUUUCCCAAAAACUCAACGAGGUCGCGCUGGUCGCUGAGCUUCGUUCCCCAGGACGAAUGGGCUGGGAGGAGGACGCACUGCUGGACGUGAAGCCGAACGACAUCAGAGGCAAAAGGGAGUUAAGAGUUACCAACGCUCCAUUUCCGGACCAUCGAUUCGACCCAACGGACGUUGAAAGCAUGGGAGAGGACUGGGUUGAGCGGUACUGUCCGCUGGUAUGCCGCUACAGAUACGAGAUCCAUUACCACGGCAAUUGCGACAAGCCCUUUGAGUGGGCGCUGGUCAAGAUUGGCGAGGAUGAGGCCGACCCCGGAUACAGGAUGAAGGACUCACAGAAUCUCAACAAGUGGCGCGGCGGGAAGGUCCCCGGCGGAUCCCACAAGCCGGGCGGCUCAAGUCUUCCGGUCUUCGACCUGGAGGCCCAAGGACAACGCCCUGUUCCGUCCAGUCUCUCUCCUGGACAAAAGUACACGGCCGGAGAUGUUUUUGCUGGUGCGGGCGGUGCUUCGAGAGGCAUGGAACGCGCUGGCGUCAAGCUGAAGUUCGCGGUCGACCACUGGGAACACGCGGCCGCGUCGUUGAGAAGCAACUUUCCACACGCCCGUGUUUACGACAUGGACGUCAUCGACUUCAUCCAUUCCAAGGAGACCACCUGCUCGGUCGACAUCCUGCACCUGUCGCCCCCCUGCCAGUUCUGGUCGCCGGCCCAUACCGUGGCCGGGAAAAACGAUAAAGACAACAGGGCGGCUCUCUUUUCCUGUCGCGAGCUUAUCGGGAAGUUCCGGCCGCGAAUCUUUACGGUGGAACAAACAUUUGGAAUUUUGUGCUCCAGGUUCAGGAAGGAGUUCAACAUGUUCCUGAAUGGCUUCACCGACUGGGGCUACUCGGUGCGUUGGAAAGUGGUGCCCCUCGCCAACUACGGAGUGCCGCAGCUUCGAAAGAGAUUGAUCAUGAUCGGCUCUUGCCCCGGGGAGAAGCUUCCCCCGUUCCCGCCGCCAACUCACAGCAAGGAUGGCGCUGGGGGACUAAGGCCAUGGGCCACGCCCCAGUCCGUGCUGGCGCCGCUGGAAUCUCGACGCUUCGUGCACAGGCUGCACACCCCUAAGGGCAUCAAGCGAUGGGAUCCACCCAAGCCACGUUGGGACCCGACGAAGCUGGCCAAAACCAUCACCACCAACGGUGGCCAGAAUUACCACUGGGACGGCCACCGUGAUUUCACGCUGCUGGAGUACGCCGUGCUCCAGGGUUUCCCGAAAUGGCAUAGGUUCGAAGGCAGUUGCAUCAAAAAACAAAUCGGUAAUGCCUUUGCCCCAUCGGUAGUUCGAGUCCUGUACAGCCACCUCGUUGACUGGCUUCUGGCACAAGAUGGGUUCAGCCCGUCCGACCGCCACCGCGCCCGCAGCGCUAUCCCCCUUUUCCGCGGGCCCACCUCGCCCGAUGUCAUUGUUCCACGACGUUGUCCCUCCAGCAGCAGAAGCCGCCGCAAUAGCUUCCGCAGGCACAGUGAGGUGGUCCAGCGGCUCAACUGGGCUGCCAAAGAAGCGGACCAGCACCCUGACCCAAUGGACUUGGACGGGAUUGAGGAACUUUCAGAUACCGAGACGCGGGACGAGGACGAGAGUAGCCAGGAUGCGGCGGACGACGAGGUGAACAUCGGAGUCAUCGAUCUGACGAUGGAUGUGGGGAAGGGCUGGGAGGAGGAUCCCCAUGUCCUCUCAGAUUAA